CCGUCAAAGGAUCAUGGGUAAUUUAAAUGGCGGGAACAUGAAAUGGACAAAUUUGGUUUGCAAUCAACAAAUUGGUUAAAUCUAGCCCAGGAAUGCUUGUUAUUUAUUGUGUAAUCACAUAAGUACUAUUAAAGUGCUUGUAGUAGUGUGUUAGAGGGCUCAGUGUGCCUGUAUUAUGGCUAGAGUACGUUAUAUGACAGACAACGAAAAGUCUGUUCUUGUCAACAACUUUGAGAAGCGAGGAUGGAUUCCUUGUGCUGACGACGAAGACUGGAACUUUUACUGGGCAAGUGUACAGACUGUAAGAGCAAUAUUCAAUGUGGAAACAGGCUAUCGAUUAGCAGAUGAUCAAGUAAUCAACCAUUUUCCAAAUCACUAUGAAUUAACACGGAAGGAUCUCAUGUUGAAAAAUAUCAAGCGAUAUCGUAAAGAAGUUGAGAAAGAAGGGGUUCCCUUGGCAGAGAAAGAUGAAUCAGGAAGAUACCUUUACCUUGAUAUCAUCCCUGUUACUUUUCUUCUGCCUGCUGAUUACAAUCUUUUUGUAGAAGAAUUUAGAAAGAAUCCUUCCAGUACAUGGAUCAUGAAACCAACUAACAAAUCACAGGGAAAAGGAAUUUUUAUUAUUAAUCGUUUGUCGCAGUUAAAAAAAUGGUCCAAGGAUAGCAAAGGAACUCCGUUGAUGCAUGCAACUGGCAAAGAUGCAUAUAUGAUUUCUAGAUACAUUGAUAAUCCAUUACUUAUUGGAGGAAAAAAAUUUGAUCUUCGUAUCUAUGUCACUGUAACAUCUUACAGACCACUAAAAGCCUAUGUGUACCGACAUGGUUUUUGCAGGUUUUGUACAGUACAGUACAAUGCUAGUCUAAAUGAACUUGAUAAUGUGUUUAUCCAUCUGACUAAUGUCGCCAUUCAAAAACAUGGGGAAGACUAUAAUUCUCAGCAUGGAGGCAAAUGGACUGUUAAGAAUUUGAGGUUAUACUUGGAGGGAACCAGGGGUAAAGAGCUGACAGACAAGUUAUUUGAUGACAUCAAUUGGUUGAUGGUGCAUUCUCUGAAAGCUGUCCAGAAUGUUAUUGCUAAUGACAGGCACUGCUUUGAAUGCUAUGGAUAUGACAUCAUCAUUGAUGAUAAUCUGAAACCAUGGCUGAUAGAAGUCAAUGCAUCACCUUCCCUUACAUCCACUACUAGUGCCGACAGAAUCAUGAAGUACAAUCUGAUUCAUGAUACAAUGAACAUUGUCGUACCCAAUGGAGAAAUACCAGAUGUGAGAUGGAACAAAAUACCCUCCAAAGAAGCCAUGGGAAGCUAUGAUGUUCUUUAUGAUGAAGAGCUUGCCCAGCAAGAUGUGGUAGAGAGAGACCUUAAAUCCAGGACAAGUCAAGGAAGUACAAGCCGAGGCAGUAAAGACGGCAAAACAAGACACACAACAUGGAAAUAGCAAUGUUACACAUCCACACACACUGUCUCAAAUGAAUUAGGCCCUGGCUAAAAGAGGAAACAAGAUUCCAGAAACAUGUUUCCCGCCUGCAUAUUCCCCGAUGAUUCCAAGUUUAGCCACAUGCACAACAUUGCUACAUGCAAUAAAUUUUGCUUGCAAGACGCAGAAAUGUUUCUUCUGCACAGCAUUCUGUUUCUGCUGUGCAGCAGAAACAUUUCAUACUUCCAAGAUGCAUGGAAACAAUGUUUCCUCAUUUAGCCACGAAAGUCAACAUUCUAAAAGUUCGUUACUUAGCAACACUAGCUCUAUCUUGAAAGUGUGCAUGCGAUAACCGAUAUUGAGUAAACAUGUUUCCUGAUGUUUCCUGUCUGGAAAAAACAUGUUUCCUCGUUUACCCAGGGCCUUAGAUAACUGAAAUAAUAAGUAUAUUUAACUGCACCAUUAAUUUAUAAGAGUUUGGGGUUUAUUGCAGGGGUAUGUUGGAAGUUUGUACAUUCAUUUUCACAUUAGGUACACAAUACAAGAAUCUCAGGAUUAAAUUUGCCAAGACUUGCCUAUGAGAUAUACCUUUUUAACUUUGGCAUAAUAUCUUCCCAUUUCAGACCAUGUUAGACUUAAAAAGUCUUAGAUAUCUGAUAAUGGAGAAGGUUUUCUUAUGAAGUGUGGAUCAGACCAUGUAAAUGGCUUACUAAGAACGUUUUCCAUUAUAAUGAUGGUAAUUUAUAUAAAUAUGUAAAAAUAGAUUAAAGAAGACAACACUGUGUUU